AUGGAAGCAAGCAUGAGCGGCCAGCCUGCAGUAUGGGAAGAACAGUGGAGGAGAGAUAAGGAAAGGAGGGAGCAAGUCCUCGGAGAAGGAAAGGAGGGCAUCGAGCAGGAUGAGCGUGAGCUGAGGAGAAUUGUGGCUUUCAAUGACUCUCGACUGGGGCUGACGAGCAGGAGGGUAGAACUGGUUGAGUCAGAUAAGGGCGAUAAUCUCCAGGUUUACUGCAGUCAAAACUUUCCUUAUGAGGUGUUUGAGGUCUUGAGGGAGUUCCGUGAAAGUUGUCUUCUCACAGACCUGAUAAUGACCACAGAGGACGGGAGCAGCUUUCAGGUGCACUCCCCUAUCCUUGCAGCUGUCAGUGCCGUCGUAAAGAAACGCCUCAGGGAUCAAACCUGCGACCAGUACCAAGUAGGACCCAACCAGUGGUCCUUCUCUCUGGCUCCAGAGGUGAAUCAGGCUGGGCUACAAGCCGUUGUGGACUUUGCCUACACUGGAAAACUUUUAGCAGUUUACACCGUAGCCCAAAUUAUGGCAGCAGCUCGUGCACUGGGAGUUCCCAGAAUGUUACAACUCUGUGACAAAACAUUAGGAGCGGAUGACGGUUGUAAAAAUGACUCCGCUAGUGAAGAGAUGAAGUGUACCCUCCAGUCCGUAGAGCAGCUGUGGGCAGAUGGAGUGGGCUGUGAUGUAAUUUUGGAUGUGAACGGAGCUUUGUUCCAUGGUUGGUAAAACAAUUUUGUUUUGAUGUUCCCAUUAGGUUGAUUUGGUUUGUACCCAACCUUUUUGUCAGCCCACAGGGUCAUCUUAGCGACAAGCAGUGGCUACUUCCAAGGCAUGUUCACCAGCGGAAUGAGGGAAUCCCGUCAAACCCGUGUUGUCCUUCCCUUAAAGGUAGCUCCAGAGCUGGGUGCUCUGAUUAGUUCUUGCUAUCGUGGGACGCUUCCUCUUAGCUGGGACUGCAUCUUUGAGACAGCCUGCACGGCACUCCGGUUUCAGUUCAAGUCAGCCAUAUCACUCUCCCUGCUCUUCAUGAGACAGGAGAUGGGAGCAGAUACAUGCCUGGAUGUUGCCUCCUUUGCGGAAGCUUAUGGAAUGUCAGAGCUAAUUGAAGAAGCCAAUGACUACGUGCUGCGGAACUUCUUGGAGGUUUCUGCCAAUGCAAAGUUUUUGGACCUGCAGGCUGAGAAGCUUCUAGACUUUCUCUGCAGCGACGGUCUGAGCGUGCCGUCUGAGCUGGUUGUGUUCCGAGCUGUAGUCUCCUGGGUGGAGGCGGAUCCUGAGGAGAGACUGGGCCGUGCCGGAGAAUUGAUGAAAGGGGUUCGUUUUUCCCUAAUGAACUUUCGAGAGUUCAAGGAGGUCAGGGCCAUUAACCUGCGCAUGGAAGCAAAAGAGAUGCAGCUGUAUAGUGCUGCCCUCAAAGAGUUUGGAUCCACCCUGUCGUCGCAGGAUCAAUGCCGAGUGAGGCGCCCCAAAGCCUCCUUGGUUCUUGUUGGUGGGGACCAGCUCAACCCAGACGUGGGUCCUCGCAUACCAAGUCGAGAAGUGUGGUUUGCCAAUUCCUUGCGCUCUGGAACAGGCCUGGUGAAGGACAUCGAGUGGAGGAGGCUGGGCGAGGUUCCAAGCAAGCCAAUGUUCAGACAUGAGGUAGCAACCAUCGGGGGGUGGCUGUUUGUGGUUGGAGGAUGUCACUUUUACUGUGAGAAUGAUGUGAUGAAAUCCACCUACAGCUACGACCCUCUGCACGACGUUUGGAAGAGGUGCGCUGACAUGCAGGAAUUUCGAAGCAACUUCUCACUGGUGGUGUUUCAAGGUCGGCUUUAUGCCAUCGGUGGCGAUAAGGAGAUCCACACCAACUUGGACAGUGUGGAGAUGUAUGACCAAAAGGCAGACUCCUGGAGUUUUGUCCAUCCUCUAGACCAACCACAAAGUGGCCAAGCUGCUACCAUCCUCAAUGGAAAUAUCUUCAUCUCUGGAGGUUUUGACCACCAGUACGUGUGUCUUACUUCUCUGUUGCUGUACCACCCAGAGGCAGGAAGCACUCACCUGGCAGAUAUGACCCAAAACCGAGCCCAGCACUGCAUGGAGGCGCUGCGAGGUUGCCUCUACGUGGCCGGUGGCUUGUGCAAUCUCAGGAGGUUUUAUACCGACCAGCUUGCCUGUGAGUUGUAUGAUCCCAUGACCGAUUCUUGGACAUCUUUUGCUUCACUGCCCAUGCCUCAUGUGGGAGCAGCUUCAGCCGUUUUGGAGGAGAACCUCUACAUACUCGGAGGGUACUGCCAGGAGGACCACAGUGAGUCCGGACUCGUCCACCGGUAUAACCGCAGCACCCAGCGCUGGGAGAUCAUGGGAAAACUGCCAGCAGCUGUUACUGACAUUAGGGCUUGUGUGCUACGACUGCCCCAGCACUUAAGAUGCUAGUCAUGUUUUGUGCUGAUGAUCAAGUGUCUCAAAGUUUAAAA